AUGGCUGAUAAUAUUGAUAAUGAUUUGUUGAUAUCUCUCGUAGAGGAACGUCCAGUUCUCUGGGAUAAAACCAUAGAAGAGUAUAAAGACAAAGAUAAGAAAAAUAGUGCAUGGAAGGAGGUCUGCCGAAGCAUUUUUCCGACGUUUGACGAGCAAACUAAUAAAGAAAAAACAAAAAUCGACAUACUUCAGGCCUUAAAAGAGGCAGAAAAUAGACAUCUGUCGUUUUUCAAAGCUAUUUUACCGUCGCUAAACAAAUUAGACGAUCAUCAAACUUUAAUAUUUCAAAGUCGCGUCUUACAAGUACUCACUGAUCUCCACCAACC